GCGAUGACAUUACUUUCACUCCCUAUUUGUCUGGACUGCUGUAAAACUGCUGUGUAAAUGGAUCUGCUGUAAUGCCUCUACACAAUAAGGGUAACACUGACUUAAGUUGAUGAAGACAAAUGCUUAAUCAGAGAUGGAUAAUGCCUCUGGGAAACAAUCUUUAUCUGGGAAUGCUAUCACAUCAUGGUACUUAAGAUCAACUAAACUUGCAGUGGCAGCUGCCAUCAUUAAAGCCAGGCCACCAGGGAAAAGUGGUAGACAGUAUGCAGAGCAAUUGGCUAGCAGGUUCAACCAUCUUGAGCAGUCCUGGAAAACGAAAGCCGAGGGCCUACAGGAGGAGGUCCUGCACCUUCGUCAAGAACUUCUCCUUUCCAAGAUGCUGUCGAAACCCCACAGGAACAGCGAAAAUGGUGAUGGUUUAAUGGAAGUACUCUCACAGGAUCUCAUCCCAUGCUUGGGGCCCUUGUUUAGUGAGCAAAUGAACUCGUUGUCCGAUUCAGGCUGCGGAACAGAGAAUAGCACAGAGUCCCUCCAGCAAACCCUGUGUGUGGAGAAGGACCAGACGGAGACCUCCGCACCCAUCCCCACCCGCCCCGGGCAGCCCCACUUCCCACCGCCGAGCUCCGACCCACGGGAGAACGCCCUGCUCUCCCACAUGCAGUUUCUGCAGAACCUCUGCAGCUUGCGUAAGCUGGGCACCCGCGGGCUCUCCCUGGGUGGCUCUGGCACUGUGGUCUGGGACUCGGUGUGCCAGCUGCUCGGCUCCCUGGUGCCCGCAGCCUCCAGGGACGUCCAGUGCCACCUCCAGCAGGCUUUGCUUCCCCAGGCGUCGCAGGUGGCAGCGCAGGUCGUGGAUGAGUGGCGCGCCCACUGUAAGCCCCCGGGGUCAUUCCUCACCCAGGCAGAGGACUGCCUGAAGAAGCUGACUGGCCACCUGUUGAAUAAUACUCAACUCAGUCGGUUCCGAUCGCAGGAGUGUCUGUCCGACUGCCUGAUCCGGUUGGGUGGCAGUGCCAUACUCAGACCCACCCUCCUGCGUCUCCUUUUCGCCCACAUCAAUCACCUGGCCGACCACCUGUGGCACACCUGUCAGGAAGCGGCGAGUGGGAGGGCAGCGCAGCUGGAGGUGGGACGCUACGAGAACUCCUUCUACCUCCUCUGGGUCCUGGAACAGCUCCUGCGGGAGGCAGGCGCCUCGGAGCUGAGGCAGGCCCAGCCCCAGCUGGAGAGACAGGUGCUGCGUCUGGCCGACGAGUACCCUCUCUUCAGCCUCUACCUGUGGAGAAUCGGAGCCCUGCUCAAGCCGGAGGUCUCUGCGUCUGGGACGUCAAACCCUGCGGACUGAUGGCAGGUACCGCCUACAGUGCGUCCGAUUACUCUUCAGUCCAAAGGACUGAUCAACAAGACCAGAUUGUCAAGUAAGGAAACCAGUUUGACACAGCAGACGGUAGAGUUUGAUGCGGUUUGUUUUGUUUUUAUAGACUGUGUUUUUACAUCAAACAACGUGGAGGAAACUCGCCAGCUAGUGUGUAGCACUUGGGUAAACUGUCCUGAGUGUUUUAGUGAAGAAUAUAUUUGCAGCAGUUGUCAUACAUGCAUGCGUGCUCCUUGAUCUUUUUUUUUUUUUGACAACUGGCAAACCAGUAAGCAGACAACAAGCCAGCUUUUGAACAAGAAAAAUUAUCACACAAAAAUGUCAAAUUAAAUUGUGUUUGUAUUUUAAAUAGAUUGCAUUUCCUUUGGAAUAAAUGCUGUCUUUUUACGUA